UCGGGGAGGUGGGCUACUUCACCACCCCUUGCCCCUUCCCCCCCUCCCCUUUCCAUUUCUUCCACUCCUUUCCGCCCGCCCGCCCGCCCGCAAUGCCUCCCCCGGUCUCCGGUUGAUCUGACCCGUCGCGCCACCACCCACGACGGGUGGCUUCAGAGGGACGGAGGUGGGCAGCCAGGGCGGGGCUUUCGGCGGUUGCUUGCCUUUGAGGUGAAGAAGAAGGUGCAGAAAGGGGACACCAAAUAUGGCAAAGAAAGGGAAGUGGUUCAGUGCUGUCAGGAGAGUGUUCAGCUCCUCUGAUCCGGAGGGGAAAGAAGCUAAGACUGAGAAGGCAGACAAGCCUAAAUCCCGGAGGAAAUGGCCAUUUGGCAAGUCAAAGCGCUUUGAUCCACCCACCUCGACAGUGUCAGACAUCACUCCGGUAGCUCCAUCGCCGCUGCCGCUGCCUCUUCCUCCUACGCAGCCUCCUCAGCCACAGCCCGAGGAGAUAAAAGAUGUCAAGCCAGUCGAAACGGAGAGUGAACAAAACAAGCAUGCCUACUCUGUUGCGCUUGCCUCUGCUGUCGCUGCGGAAGCCGCUGCCGUCGCUGCCCAGGCCGCUGCUGAGGUUGUCCGCCUCACAGCAGUCCCCGCGGGCACAUCAAGGACACCUGUUUGCUCACAGGAAGAACUCGCCGCUGUCAAGAUUCAGACCGCCUUCAGGGGUUACUUGGCAAGGAGAGCACUGCGUGCACUCAGAGGACUUGUUAGGCUGAAGUCGCUAGUUGACGGAAAUGCCGUCAAACGCCAAACUGCCCACACCUUGCAUUGCACACAAACAAUGGCAAGAGUUCAAACCCAAAUCUACUCUAGAAGGGUGAAGAUGGAGGAGGAAAAACAGGCUCUUCAAAGGCAGCUCCAGUUGAAGCACCAAAGGGAACUUGAGAAAAUGAAGAUUGAUGAAGACUGGGAUCAUAGCCAUCAAUCCAAAGAACAGAUCGAGGCCAGCUUAAUGAUGAAACAGGAAGCUGCACUAAGACGAGAAAGAGCACUUGCAUAUGCAUUUUCUCAUCAGUGGAAGAAUUCUGGUCGAACUGUAACACCAACAUUCACAGACCAAGGGAAUCCUAAUUGGGGCUGGAGCUGGAUGGAACGCUGGAUGUCAGCAAGGCCUUGGGAGAACCGAGUGGUGUCAAACAAGGAUAAAGACGGUGCUCUGACAAAGAAUCCCAGCACUAACGCUGCUCGAACUUUUGUGCCCCGUGCUCUCUCAAUCCAGAGGCCUGCAACACCAAGCAAGUCGAGCCGUCCACCAAGCCGGCAAUCACCAUCAACCCCGCCAUCAAAGAACCCCUCUGUUGCAGGAAAAUUCAGACCUUCAAGCCCAAGAGAUAGCUGGCUAUACAGGGAGGAUGACUUGAGGAGCAUCACAAGCAUACGCUCUGAGCGCCCAAGGAGGCUGAGCACAGGUGGAGGCUCGAUCCAGGACGAUUCGAGCCUAACAAGCACCCCAGCUCUCCCCAGCUACAUGCAGUCCACAAAGUCUGCAAGAGCGAAAUCUCGGUACCACAUGGUAUUCGCCGACAAGUUUGAGGUCCCUGAUAGAGCAUCUCUGGUCCACUCAUCGAUAAAGAAGCGCUUAUCCUUCCCAGCUGCAGAGAAACCAAAUGUCACACCCGCAGAUAAGCUGAAGGAAAGAGCGAGGCGCCAUUCGGAUCCUCCAAAGGUGGAUCCUGCCUCCCUGAAGGAUGUCAAUGUUGCCUGAUAUGACCCGAUGAACGUCAGGCGCUGUCACCCAUGAUUGCUAGAUCGCCAUCUUUUCCGUUUUUGUAUUCUCUAGUUUAGAUUGCUUUCUCUCAAGGUUGAACCCUCCGUGAAACUGUAUGAUCUGUCCGGGUUGAUUUGAGACAAUUCUAACUGUUUGCAGACAGAGGUUUUCUCUGUGGAUUGUGGUGUGUGGUGCUGCAGAGAAGGAAAUGUGAAGCGGUAAAAAAAAGUGAGAGAUGAUUGGUGUGCGCGUGGCAUUCAGUGUACAUUAUGAGUUUUCUUCGAGAGUAUAUGUACAUUAUUGGUUUGGAUUCUA